UUUGGGAAUGGGAGACAAGGUCUCUGAAUUGUUACUACAGGUCAUUGGCAAUUCACUCCACCCACCUUUACAUUUAGCGUUUGGGGCCUUGGGCUUCUGCCCCUAAAGUUAUACUCUGGCAGCACCGCUCUGCACGUAUAAAACGACGCCUGUUUCAUAAUACCGUUUGCAGACCCGCGGGAGCUGGAACUCCUUGCCUAUAACCCGCCGCUGGCGCUGAGUCCCCCCAGCCGCUGGGAGCCGCUGCAAACCCGGGCUUAGCCGCCAAGCCGGGUAGGUGGAGCCAGGGCAGAGCGAUCCUUGGACACCGCGCCGGUGGGUCGCUCAGUCUCAUCUACCGUGCCCGGUGCGCUGGCGGCCUGGCUCGGCACGGGGAUGGCGGUGACUAGGAAGCUCGCGAUCCGUCUGGCCUACUCGGCGGCCGGGACCAUUUCGGGACUGUCGGUCUUUCUGGUAUGGAACCUGGCGCCGAGCCUGCGACAGCCUUGCACCGCCGCCGCCGGAGGACUCUCGGGGGUGCUGGCACUCUGGGCCCUAAUCACACAUGUGAUGUACGUACAGGAUUAUUGGAGGACUUGGUUGAAAGGGUUGAGGUUCUUCCUCUUCGUUGGUGUUCUCUUCGCCAUACUGUCUCUGGUGGGCUUCUGCACAUUCCUGGCCUUAGCCAUCACCCAACAUCAAUCUCUGAAAGACCCAAAGAGCUACUACCUGUCCUGCGUCUGGAGCGUCAUCUCCUUCAAGUGGGCCUUCCUCCUCAGCUUAUACUCUCAUCGGUACAGAAAUGAGUUUGCAGACAUCAGCAUUCUCAGUGACUUCUAAAAACCUGGACUUUAAUUCCACCAAGGAGAGGAGGCACGGAGAGGGCGGGGAGGUCCACUGGAUAUUUGCACAGACUCUUUGGAGGAAGAUGCUAGCAAGGAAGGAGCCUGCAAGGGGCUGACGGCCUGCUUCCGCCUCUGCUUUUUCCUCUCUCUUUCUGCUGGUUUAAUUAGGGAAUGUCCCUAAUUGCUUUUAUCCAGUCACUUUGGCUAGCUCUGUCAGUCGUGUGUGUGCGUGCUUAACUUCCACAAGAGUUUUUGUCCUUUCUUUGAAGAAUGACUCAAGAUGCACAGCAAGACCACGUUUCUGGUCUAAGUCCUCCUGGGCCCCAUGUAUUUCCUUCCUGUACAUUUUUUAAAAGUGUAUAACUUGCGAAGUCUGAAGAAACUGGCAGGGUGACCUUCAUUGCAUCUUUCAUUAGCAAGACGGCAGCCAUUUUGUUGUAGUGGUUGUUGCUUGUGAAGUGCACGGUGAAGGCCCAAAGAUGUGAAGAAGCUGGCUCAGACUCCUUUCAUACAGAUCUGUAUUUUCAUAAGAACAAGUCAUGAAUCCCAUUUUAAGAGAAAACAAUUUUGACCAAUGCCCUUUGUUGCCUCCCCGCCCCCCUUUGUAGCCGUUGCUCACAGCUUUUUAGAGAGAAAGAACCUGUGGAUAUUUGUGUGCCUAACAGUCCCCUGCCACCAUUCUUCUCUUGGCACUUUUUAAAUGAUGGUGUUUGAUGUUUUAAAGUAAGAUUUAGACCAGAAAUGGGGAAACCUUGUGGCCCUCCAGAUGUUGUUGUCCAAUUCCAGUAAGCCUCAGCCAGGAUGGCCAAUGCCCAGAGAUACUGGGAGCUGUAGUCUAGCAGUAGCUGGAGAGCCACAGGUUCCCCACACCUGAUUUAGGUGAAGCUAAUAACAGCUAUACUGACACUGCCCUUGGUGUUUGUUGAAGAUUUGCCCUAUGAAAUUCGGAAGGAAUACCCCCCCCAAUCCUUUUGAGGGCCAGUUGCUAAUGUCUUGUCUACCUGCCCAGGGCCUUGCACCUGUAUGUAUGUUGAAACAAAACAUAUAUUUAGACUCUAAUGCUCAGGUCAGGGAAGAGAGUUCUGAUUUCUUCAUCUGUGUCUCACACAUGUGUUUGGACCAAAGUAUAUGAGUAACCAUGGUGGUUCCUGCAUGACGUUAUGAUCCUUUUGUGGGAGUAGAUGGGGAGGUAAUGGAACAGGAGUUCAGCUCUUCAUCUAGGGCAGGAGGAUGAGGUACCUGUGUCCUCCCCCAACUCCCAUCAGCCCCAGCCAGCAUGGGCAAUGGUCAGGAAUGAUGGGAGUUGUAGUCUAGCAAUGUCUGGUGGGCCACAGAAACCCUAGUCCGCUCUAGGAAAGUAUAAUUUGAGAAUGGAUCAUUCUCUGGGGAAUUUGAUGCAGCCACUGGGGGUUGCAUAAAUGGCAUCACAUCUGCAUUUUAGCAUUUUGUAAUGUGCUGUGUGUAAAUCAGCUAGCUAUUGUGUGUGUGUGUGUGUGUGUGUGUGUGUGUGUGUGUGUGUGUGUGUGUGUGUGUGUGUGUGUGUGUGUGUGUGUGUGUGUGUGUGUGUGUGUGUGAACAUUUUACCUUUUAGGUCAAGCGUGGCUGGAAACAGCUGGCCCAAUGAAGUGGGUGUGAUGUCGUAAGAAGGAAUGGGUUUCCUGAAUCUCUCUUGUGUCACUUGGACCUGAAUAGUUGAAUCUGAACUCUUGUAUGAGCUUGCUGCUGCAGCCUUGCUGAGAAACAUUCACUCAUACUGGAUUCCGUAACACUGUUUCUCCUCUCUACCCAUUUAUCCAUCCUUUUUCAUUUGUAAUGCUGAUCUGUCAGUUGGACACACAGUUGCCUGCCAGGUUUUGUGCUGAGUGCUUGCUGUCUCUUCUAAAGCCAAGAGCUGCAAGCAUCUUCUUGUGUCUGGUAACCCGGGUCCCAUCCAAAGGAGACCUCCUUAAAAUUGGGGUUGAUGGAUGCAGUGCCAGGAUUUCUUGACGUAACUUUAAAUAUGCUUUCUCAUUAAUGGGAUGUUCUAUGGAUCCACUCUUUAUAAACUUUUUACAUCGUGACGCACUGAGUGUGUGGACUUAUGUACAUGAUGCUCCACACUGUGCCAGCCCUAGGCUAGCCCUAGCUGUUUCAAAGUUUGUCUGGAAGCAACUUGGUAAGUCCAUUGUAGCCCCUUUGGGGAUUCAGGAGCAGUUCUAAAUUUGGGCCUGUGAAAGACUGCUAAGCAGUUCUCAUGUGCCAUGCCUGGAGGCUCAAGGAAGCAAGUGUAGCUGCUCUUCCAGCCUUUUAGCAAAUUCUGGACCCUUCAAAUGGCUUUCUGCACCUUUACCAACUACAGUCCAAGGAUGCAUAUCGACAUAGCUCUCAUAGUGCUGCAGUAUGACUGUUGUACUGCUGCAGAAUCCCAUUUUAUUUUAUAGACUUUUAGACACUCAAAGUGGUUUACAGCUAUAUACAAUACAAAUCCAUACAAUCCCAACAAUAACAUCACUACCAAUUUGAAGUAUCUGUCACCAUCCAAGCUGCACCAACCAGCAGCAUACUCUCCAGUACAACAAAAAUAACCAAGCUAGUUUAAAGAUCUGAAUUAGCUCUCCAAAACUAUGGUAAAGAAGUAAGUUUUUAAGACCUGUUUACAAUUAAAAAGGGAUGAAUCUUGCCUGGCCUUAGAAUAGUGGGAGGCCACUGCUGAAAAGGCCUUGUUCUGUAUACCCACCCACCUAAUUGUAGUUAAAAGUGGGCAUCUCAGAAGUAGUUCUUUGAGACGGGCAGGUUAAUAUGGGCAAAGGUAGUCCUUAAGGUAACUUUGAAGGGCUUUAAAUUUAAUCACCUGCUGUUUGAACUGGGGCUGGAAGCAUACACCAUGUUGGUGGGGCAUGUUCCAGCUUCCCAGCCACAACCAGUAAGUAACUGGAAACUUAAAGUGAUGCAGAAUGCACCCAAACAGUCUCCGAAGACAGACCUGCAUAUCUAUUGAUGGUCUUCUAUUGAAGAUAGGGAGGUUUGGAAGGCCAUAGAGGCCAAAGGGCAAAUCACUGUGUAAUGGAAUGAAGGCAGAGCGAAGAUAACUUAUAGCAAGCUAAAGGAUGGCUGGCCAUUGUGAAAAAUACACCCUGCAGGGGAAAGCGGUAUUCCAUUUGUACUGCACACACUUCAGGUGUAGGCAACUUGGUGCUCUCCAGAUGCUGUUGGGCUCCAGUUCCCUUGAGUCCCAACCAGCAUGGCCAAUAGACAGGGGUGAUGGGAGUUGGGAGUCCAACAGCAUCUGCAGACCACCUACCUGGCAUCCUCUGUUCUCCAUGGAAGCUGUGGCACUCAGCAGGAUAGGGGACCAUGUGAUUGGGUCACACAGGUGGCCCCAUUUCGCUCUUGCAGUAAAGUUCAUAGCCUGCUUUUGAUCCCUGCACUUUGCCCCUUUGAGAUUACUUUGCCAGCAGAAAGUGCGGCCCUUUUUCUGUGUUUUGCUGUCCCCUCUUGUGUGAUAUUUGGGGGCUUAACGCACAACCAGCUCACCUUGAAGAAAACUCACAUGCCACUUUUCUGAUAAAAUAAAGGGGGAGGAACAGAGUAUAA